CUCUUCCGGUAGAUCCAGAAGCACUCGGGCGCCGUUCCAUCCUCAAUGGCCAGAUUGAGAGCGCUUUUUUUCUUCUCGAGUGAGAGGUCCGAUCCAGUACUGUUCUAGCGCUCGAUUCUCAUUGGCUGAAUUCCUCCACACACAUUUUGAUACUGACGAGAGGCAACGACGCGAACUUUUUAAAACGAAGCACUUCGCGCAUUUCUUAUCGCGACAUCACCAAAUAUUGAGUCGCAAACAUGAGGCCAAUAUUACUGCAAGGACAUGAGCGAGCUUUGACUCAGAUCAAGUACAACAGAGACGGCGAUAUAAUCUUCUCGACCGCGAAAGAUCAGCACAUCUGCGCCUGGUUCGCCCAUAAUGGCGAGAGACUGGGGACAUAUCACGGCCACCAAGGAGCCCUCUGGACGGUGGAUGUAGAUCCAACAAGUACAUUGAUCGCAAGUGGCGCAGCAGAUAAUACGGUCAGAUUAUGGGAGAUCAGGAGCGGGAAGUGCUUGAAGGUCUGGGAAUUCAACACUGCGGUCAAGAGAGUCGAGUUCAACGAGGAUGGUUCACAACUGUUGGCCGUUACCGAAAAGCGAAUGGGUUUCCUGGGAACGAUCGAAGUAAUGGACAUUAAUCUGGACCCUGAGGCGGAGCAGUCUGAUGAAAAGGUCUUGACCAUUACUUGCGAGGAGUCGAAAGCUACUGUGGCCGGAUGGAGUUAUUUGUCGAAGUACAUCAUUGCUGGCCAUGAGGACGGGACUGUCUCCCAAUAUGAUGCGAAGACUGGAGAGCAACUUGACAACACCCAGAUUCACGAGCCAGACAUGCCCAUUACGGAUCUCCAGUGGUCUGCUGAUCGGACCUACUUCAUUACUGCAUCGAAGGACAAGACCGCGAAGCUCAUCAACGCCCAAGACCUUGAAGUUAUGAAGACUUAUGUGGCAGACACACCGCUGAACAGCGCCUCAAUUACCCCCAAGAAAGACUUUGUCAUUCUCGGUGGUGGACAAGAUGCGAUGGGCGUUACUCAAACCGACGCUCGACAAGGAAAAUUUGAGGCUAGAUUCUAUCACAAGGUAUUCGCGGAAGAGAUUGGUCGAGUCAGAGGCCAUUUCGGUCCCUUGAAUUCCGUUGCCGUCGACCCAACCGGAAAGAGUUACGCAAGUGGAGGAGAGGAUGGCUAUGUCCGAGUUCACCAGUUCGACAAAGGUUAUUUCGACUUCACGUACGAGGUUGAAAGACAGGCAAAAGCUCAAGGGCAAAUGUAAAGUGUUGUCGUGUGGUUUGUUGCAUCUUGAGGCGUUCUGGUUCGUCAUUAAAAGGCUGGCAAGAAUGGAAUGGCCGCAAGAUCUAGCUAUUCUAUGAUCAACGAAUAGACUUCAUAUUGAACACA